AUGUCCAUACCAGGUACUCAUGAUACUGCUUCUUGGGACUACACUUUGCUCAAACAACUCUCCUAUCUCAAAUAUACAAAUAUCAUCUACCCAUCCGCCUUAUAUCGUUGUGGAACUCAAUCGAUCUUCGCUCAACUUGCCGCUGGUAAUCGGGCGUUCGAUUUGAGAGUGGGAUUCGCACCCAACGGUAAAGACUUGGUAUUCUUCCAUUCGGAAGCUCUGUUAGAUAUCAAUGCGAGGUUUGAAGAUGUCAUUCAAGGGUUUUAUAGGUUUCUGGAGGAGAAUCCCACGGAGAGUUUGCUUAUCAGUGUGAAGGAUGAGAACGCUACUUGGGGAACUACCCAAGCUCUCCAGCAAUCCCUCUAUACCACUCUUACAUCUUCAGUAGCCCAAUCAUACGUCAAUCCAUCCACUUCCAUCUCGUCUACCGCCCUAUCCGCCGUUAGAGGAAAGAUGACCAUUCUCCGUCGAUUCGCAUUGGACCAAUUAUCCUCUUCUCAGCGUUCCUUAGGUAUAGAUUUAACCAAUGGAUGGGCAGAUAACAAUGCCGACUUUUCACUCACCACUCCAUCAGGCGAUCAAGUGUUCAUAGAGGAUCUGUACGAACCCAAAGCGGAUAAAGUCGGAUUAACACCUAAUGUUAAUCUCAAACUCAACGCUACAACCACACAUAUCUCCGCUGCGUCUAGCAAAUCCAAAGGAAAUGGAUUGUAUAUGACCUUUGCAAGUUCCGAACAAGCUUAUCAAUUGCUUUUCCCCCAAGUGAUGGCUCAGGGAUUGAUCGUUCCAGGUGUUAAUCAGGGUCUGAAGAAGUGGUUGACCACUGGACAAGGUAAAGGAUUGAAAAAGAAGGGUAUCAUUUUUACCGAUUUUGCAAGUGAAACUUCAGGUCUGGUAGAAGCUAUCAUUGCGUAA